AUGGCAGCCUCCAGUAAAAGAGAUACAACACGACGAAGUCUUUUCAAUCUCUGGAUCCCAACUAAAGUCGUCGUCUCUGGAAAGCCAGACACAUCUCCAACUGAUUCUGAGACGACAGAAAGUCCGGCAUCAGAGCCAAUUAUCCCAAGGGCGGGAAAGGAUCGGCUUAGGGUUCGUUUAACUCGAAGCGGCUCCAAGAUUCUACUGUUGCUGGGUUUGCGCGGUUCAUCCAAGAGCAACAAAGCGUUCAGCACCGACACCGAUUGUUGCUAUUCCGUACAGGCCGGCGCCGAAAGCCCAAGCCCCUCAAACCCAUCCUCCCCAAGUGGUAACGGCGAUGACAGCCCAGGAUAUCUGACUGCAGCCGAAUCCCCUCAAAGCGAACCAAUACCUGUCACUCCUUCACUCAGAAUCUCCACCGAAGGGGUUGAAACUUUGUCUGAGCCUCUUCCCGACCUACGACCGUCACCCGAGAGUCAGGGUGAGUUAACGAGUCAAUCGGCUGUUGUUGACGACGUGCAGCAACAUGCCACAAAUGAGAACCCUCUGCCAACUACUGCCACCGAGCAACCAAGUUCAACGAAUUCAAAAUUUGUCAAUCGCUUCUCGCAAAGGAUCUCGCUGGCGUUUGGCCACGCCACUGUCAUACGCCGGGUACAUCUUCGGUCGAGACCAAGUGUCCUUCGCGUCAGUUCUCCAGUACUAGACGACCUGAGCGAACAGAAUGACGGUGUCAGUGAUAGCUCAGACCCAUCAACCAGCCCCAGUAGUGAUAGGUCUCCUACUGGCGGACAGUCAACUUCACUGACUCCACUCACGUCCGGUGGGCCGUCCCCUUCCUCGGAUAAAAACAAGUUGCACGAUGAACACGAAGCUGCAGUGGUCCAUUGGCUCUCUCUCUCUGAGACCAAUGAAGCGGCCAGCGCUUCAGGCACAUACUUAAAUGCGACAACACCGUCAAUCAAAACCGUGGAAGCGACAUCAGUGGCAAAAGUUUACUUGGAGCUAUACUUCAACUCCAUUUUUCAAAACAAAGAUCCCCGUCAGCAACGUCAGCUCGAGUUAGAGCACCAUAUCUAUGCGUUUGAACUCACGCCCGAAGAGCGCUUAAUGACGAGACACAACUGGGUCAUGGGAGAGAACGAUUAUAUUCGACAGUGCCGUGUGCUCAAAUCAAAUCGAUACUGCACCCAAAGCGAAAGUAUCAUGUCUGUCACAGGAUACAAAGCCAUCAAGGUACUCGGGAAAGGAAGUUUUGGUGUUGUGCGUCUUGUUCGACGGAAUGACUGUGAUUCGAGUUCCCAUGAAAAUGACCCGUUGGCUCUCAAAAACAACAAUGUCCAUCCCAGAUCGAACCCUCUUGGAGCUCUGAUGUCUGCCGUAGAAGGUGCCAAACAAAGCCGUCGAAGGUAUAUGACCGGCGAGAAGAAGGAGGUAUACGCCAUGAAAGUCAUCAAAAAGUCAGAAAUGAUCCGCAACUCCCAGGAAGGCCAUAUUCGAGCGGAAAGAGAUUUCCUCGUUGCUUCUGAAAGCUCCCGAUGGGUUGUUCCUUUGAUCGCCAGCUUUCAAGAUGCCAACAAUCUAUAUCUUGUGAUGGAUUACAUGGUUGGUGGUGACUUCUUGGGGUUACUGAUCCGCAAAGAUAUACUCCGCGAGGACUGGGCACGAUUUUACAUCGCCGAAAUGAUAUUGUGCAUCGAGGAGGCACAUCGACUUUGCUGGAUUCAUCGCGAUGUCAAGCCUGAUAACUUCCUAAUCUCUGCGUCGGGCCAUUUGAAAAUUUCCGACUUCGGUCUUGCUUUUAAUGGGCACUGGUCGCAUGAUCAAGCUUAUUACAACAGCCAUCGCUACUGUUUGCUGGAGAAACUUGGCAUUGAUGUCAAGGGUGAUUCCGAAGAUCAGAAAGAGGUUGCCGAAGCGAAAGAGCUCCCGCCUGAGAUAAAAUUGCACAGUCUGGAUGAUUAUACUGUGCAUCAGCCAUCCUCGACGGGUUUGUUGGAUUGGAGGAACAGCAAGGGGCGACGCAGAUUCGCAAAAAGUGUUGUUGGAACCAGUCAAUACAUGGCACCUGAGGUCGUUCGCGGUGAAAUGUAUGACGGACGAUGCGACUGGUGGAGCUUGGGUAUCAUUCUAUACGAGUGUCUAUAUGGUUUCACGCCCUUUGCCUGUGAAAAUCGCCAUGAUACAAAGAUCAAGAUCCUUCAACACACGAGAACUCUGCGAUUUCCACGGGAGAAAUCCACGGACAAGUUAGUCUCUCGAGAGGCCAUUGAUCUGAUAAUCAGGAUGCUCCAAGAGCGCGAAUACCGCCUGUGUUCUCCGAAGUACCAAGCCAAUGAUAUACUGAAUGGACGACCCGUCUCAACUCAAAUGAUGUACUCCAUGGACGCGCGGUAUAGAAAUAUCGCGAGCUACUACGUUUACCCCAACGAUGCAACAGACAUCAAGAUUCAUCCGUUCUUCCGAGGUAUCCGAUGGCAAGAUCUUCAUAUGUGCCAACCACCAGUGAUCCCUAGGGUCAAGAACUGGGAGGACACUAGAUAUUUUGACGACUGGGAGUUGGCCAGUGAUGAGGUCGAGCAUGCUGCUGGUAGUGGCUCGGAGGAUGGUGACCAAGAGCCUGAUGAGAUUAUCCCUGAGAAUCAAGAAAUCAGUCCAGCGAAGGACGCUGUUCAGCCGCCAGUUGCUGAGGCUACCCCACGCACAGCACAGGAGCAAGCAAAAGAUGCCAAAAAGCAAAAGGAGAAGAAGCGGCCCCGCGACAAAAUCCUUCGGGACAAACAGAUGAGCAAGACAGUCUUGGACAUUCGCAAAAAGGGCGCUUUUCUGGGGUACACAUACCGGCGACCCAACGACGUUGCUUUGGCUUUCAGCACAGAGCGAGGGCGUCAACCUUAUACCAGAGGCCAAUUGGCUGGCCUGUACACAUCGUGA